AAUAUUUUAAUGAUGGAAAAAAGGUUUGGCGGGAGCGCGGGAGGCGGGUAAAAUUGGCGCGCAAGAGGGGGAGGGGGAGGCGGGAGGCCGCGACCUGCGACCCUUCCACUACUAUAGUAGGAGUAGUGAGUAGUCCAUCCCAACACAAAAGGGAGUAGCAAGCCGAGUGGAGGGAGAGGCAAUGGCGCCCACUCUCCCCGUCGUCCCCGCCCACGGGGAGGACAAGAAGAAGAAGAAGAAGAAGAAGAAGCCGCUCAAGCCUUCGCAGGAGGAGGAGGAGGCCCUGCCGCUGCCGCUGCCGCCGCCGGAUCGCAAGAGGAAGAAGGCAUCGGAGCCGGUCAACUCGCCGGAGAGAGCCAAGAAGAAGAAGACGGCGACGCCCCACGAGCCGCCAUCGGCCAAGCAGCAGAAAAGACCGCUCCCCUUCCAGCGCACGUGGAGCCCCAACGACGAGGUCCUCAUCCUUGAGGCCAUGGCGGCGCAUCGCCAGGAGCACGGCAAGGUACCUACCGCCGCGGAGCUCUUCCCCGUCCUCAACGGACGCCUCGACAGGAAGCGCCUCACCUAUAAGAAGCUCGCCGACAAGUUGCGCACCUUCAUGCGCCGCCAUGGCAGAGACGCCAAGAAUGGCCCGCCCACCCAAGCGCACGACCGCCGCCUCUACGACCUCUCCAGGAAUGUCUGGGUGUCUCAAACUCAACCGCCAAACCUAAGCGCCAACGCCAAUUCAAACAUCGCGGGCGGGCAACCCAACCAGCAUGAUGCCAUGCCCACCGCAGGCAAGGCGUUCGACAAAAUGCGCGACUCCUACCCCAACCUCACCCAAGCGCUGUUGCUUCUUGUGGGUACGGACCUGGAGAAAGCGCUCACUGCCAUUGACGAAACCAAGGCCCAGGCGCUGGACUUGAAGGUCAGCAACCUCAAGAAGGAGCUGUCUGAGGCUGUCAUGGAAUCGGCAACGAUUCAAAGCACAGAAAGUUCUAAAAUACCGUGCUUUCCAUCUACCAAGCUUCAACCAGAGUUUGGUGCAGAAAUUGAGAAGAACUUUCAGCUAGAGCAUUUGGAUGAAAUGAAAGGCACCCAAGUGAAAUUGGCAAGAAUGGAACAAGAAAUAUUAGAACUGAAACAAAAUUUUUUAGCUUUUCAGUCUCAGCAAAUGGCUGAUAGCAAGCAACAACACGACAAGUCAUCAGCGAAGGGUAUAAUAUGUGAAUCUUCUGAGAGUGGUCUUCGUUCAAUUGUAGCUGACAAUAAUAUUUUAUGCAAUACUUUGCAAAAGGAGAUGGUGGUACAACAGAAAUUGUCUUGCGGGAAGACCAAGGAGGUUACUUCUAAGCAUCGACAUCCUCAGAAGCUGGUUGUCUUUCCUUUUUGAUACUCUAUUAUGUGAUAUAGUAACAAUUAAGGGGACAUAUGUAGUGAGAACUAGGAAUCAUCAUUUUUCUGGGGAAAGUAUUAAGAGGAAGUACAAAAGAUGAUGUAUGGACAAAGGAAAAUUCCUUAUGGUAGGAAAAGGAAUGAUGCUGGAAGUCAGAUUAAGCGCAAUGGGGAGUUAAGGAGGGUAACUAUGCAUGGACAACAAGAAGAUACGAAUAACGAGGGUGGGAAAGAGGUUUUGUUGCUUUCAACUACUCGGCCACAUAUUCCAGUAGCCAAGGCUACUCUUCAAACAAGUUCUGGAUCCAAAUUUGUUGGGGGCGUGCCACUUGGAUCAGAAUGGUAUCAGGUGUUUGUGAAUGAUGUUUUGAAACCAGAGGCUCCGUUGCUACGCCCACCUGGGAUGAAGAUGGCUGAGGCACUUAAAAGUAUCAUUGCAUGGCCAUGUGCACAAAUUCAAUGGUGUAACAAUGGUGACCCAGUAAAAUCUGGCCUACCAUCUCAUCCAGGUCACUGGCAAAGCAGAUUUCAUGUCUGAAACAAAGCUGUAUCGUUUUGCACAUUAUAAGGGAUGUGGAUCUUAAUGGCUUAGUUUUAUUAGAUUCAAAUACGGUAGACUAGCUAGUGACACCUAGACAUGCAAUGCAUGGGUAACACUUUUGUUUAGCUAUUCCUAAGAGGUGUUUUGCUGCACUUCGUCAUGCUUGAUGAAUUUUGGUAGCUUCUAUUAAUCUACGCUGACAGCUUAGCAUGAUUGGAUUAUUGACUUAAACUAAUAUCAUGAUCGAUAGGGUUACAGCAACUUUUCUCUCUUUUUCGAAGAAUGGUUUUUAUCAUUUUAUAGCCAACCGUUGAUGCAGAUAGCAUUCUAUGUUUGUCAACGACUUGUGCCAAUUCAGCAAUCAAAACGGUCCGUUUCAUCAUGCUGAAUCAUGUCAACCAUAAUUUUGCAAAAAAAAAAAAAAAAAUGG